AUGAACGGAACGGGAGCUGGGAACGAGGAGGUUCCUCGGGACGUGCGGCUGUUGCACCUGAUAUUUGCGACGCAGGGCAUCCAGUCGUACCAGGACCAUGUUCCCUUGCAAUUGAUGGAUUUCGCGUACCGGUACACCUGCGGAGUGUUACAGGAUGCGGUUUUGUACAACGACCAUGCGUUUGGCGGUGCUUCUGGAAGCUCGAACAACGCUCUGACGAACGAAGAUAUUCGGCUGGCGAUUGCCGCGCGCACAAAUUACCAAUUUAAGCCUGUUCCUCCCAAGAAACUACUGUUGAAGCUUGCGGCGGAGCGCAACGAGAAGCCGUUACCGCCGGUGAUGCCUGCGUGGGGAGUCCGUUUACCACCAGAGAAGUACUGUUUGACGGCCAAGGACUGGGAACUGGACGAGGAGGUGGACGAGACAGAAACAAAGAGACAAAAGACAGGCUGA